GGUUACCGGUUAAAGAUCAAGAAGGUAAAGAUCACAGCAUGGCAUUUGUUUCGUUGUUUUUCGCUGGAGGCCCUCAUUGACGCGUAGUACUAUGCUUGGUGUUGAUCAUGUCCCCCGAGGUGUAGUACUAGUAUUACUAAGGCGACCGAAGUAAAAUUUUUCGAUAAUUAUACGACCCAUGGCUUCCUUGUUUUUGUUUAUGCUUCCUAUACCUGUGGCUGUGUAUUCUUGUUUUGUUUUACUCGAAGGUUUGGUGUUGUACCGGGGGCUAAGGCUAUAAAUAUGAUUGAGCGCCUCCAUCAAUCAGCAUCAUCGUACUCAGCAUCACGAUGACGCUCUAUGUGCCGUUAUGAAAAAUGCACAUGCAGCCAGCUCUUUUUAGCUCGAUGAAGAAAGUUAAGAAAAGGGCCAGACCGCUAAUUUUAAGUAAAAGUAGUGGCAAAGAUAGAAGUAUGACUGUGCUAUGCUCCUGUGCAAAAGUAUCGUGGUUCUGGUUGUGGUUCUUGCAAUGUGGGACCCUGUUCCUAGCUAUACAAUAAAUGAUCAAAGAAAUUGUCACACAGUUUGUCUGUGCCAAGUAUUACAUAUAGCAGCACAGUCACAAUAUUAUAAGAGGAGGAGCAGCCUUAAUUUUUCCAUGCAUAUGUAGCUUGCCAAAGCAAGUGCCACGGGCGGGGAGGCAGGCGGGUAAUCGCUACAUGCGCGUAGUGGUAGUCGUAAUUACGUACGGCAUCACGACAAUCAACCGCCCGGCUUGUGGUCAAGUAGAGGGCUCUGCGCACUCGCACAUCAUACUGCGUCCAAUAGGCGAGUAUCUUCUAAAAGGUCAUGGUCUAGCUUUCGCCCAAGAACCUCGUGGCUGUCCUCAUUGGCGCUGGUGCGCUUUUUUCUCCGAUAAUAUUCGAGAUGAAGUUGUCGCACACUUGGGAGACACGUUUAUGCGUGCUCAUGUGGUUCGUGUGCAAUUUGAGCAUUGCCCCUAUGAUGAAGUGGAGCUAUACCAACACGCGACUGUGCCUUCCGGCUCGCACUGGUGACUAUGAAAAGAACACAGCUAGGAAAUUGACUGCGACAGCUGCAUCAACGUCCUCGGCCGGCGGCGAAACAGCCGGAGGAGCAAUAGACUCACUAUCGGGCAGGAUUCAAACGGACGACGAAUUCGGAACUGGUCCACGGAUCUGCCGGCAGUACGACUUCCCGAUUUUCAUUACCGCCGUCCACAUGUUUUGGUGCAGCGUGAUGUGCUUCCCCUUUGUCAAAGUGAGCCUCACCUUCACGGAGCAAAUCCGUUUGAUUCUGCCACUCAGUAUGCUCUUCGCCGUCUCUGUGAGCAUGGGGAAUCUUAGUUUGGCCUACGUCUACCCGUCGUUUUCACAGAUGGUUUCCACCACAACGCCACUGAUUACAAUGUGUUUGCACAUGCUCGUGUCCGGCGCGCGCUACAAUUCCUGGGCCAUGAUUUCUGUGCCAGUGCUGAGCGGGGGCUUUCUUCUCUGUUACCAGCACGAACAGAAUUACCACAUUCUGGGGCUUCUGUGCUCCCUUCUUGCAGCAGUUUUUCGGGGGGCGAAGUCAGUCUUGCAGGUGUUGACUACAUGUGCGUGGUUCAUAUGAUAAAGUAUAUAGUUCGACGCUUGUUCAUUUUGAUAUUAAUGGCGUUUCCACCAUUAAGCAUACGAGAAAGAGCAACACGAUACACAAGAGUGUAAGAAUAUGAAGAACGCCGCCCACUGAUGACAUAGACAUUGUCACUGACCAACGUCGGCCAUGACGAUGACCAUGAAUUCAACAUCUUCAGGCUUCCCUUCUGGCAGAUGGCGCAAAGCGGCUGGACACGGUGAGCCUCCUUUUCUACAUGGCGCCUUAUAGUCUCCUAGCGUUACUGGGGAUGUCGCUCAUGCUGGAGGGCACGGGGCCGUACACUAGCUUCUAUCGCACCCGUGGGGACGAGAGCAGUGGCCGCACCGAGGGGCAAUUUGCAGAAGGCUCUUUCAUAACCGUUGCUGCUUUGUCAUUUACCGGGGUCACCGCGUGUCUCUAUCACACGAAAAGACUGCUGCACUGUAAUCUUGUAAAAAUUUGGAGGAUCACUAUCGUCUAACAGCAACUUCUCAAUAAGUAAGUAGAAAAAGCGAAUUGACAGUGAGUAGUACUGCGCGUCUUGCAGCAACUAGACACCCAACGAGGCGUUAUGGGACUUUUUCCUUAUUUUUAGUUUUGUUGCAGCUAGUGCUAGCGACCAAUCCAGUGCUGCAGACAAUUUACCUAGAGGAAGACACACAGUCUCGCCUUAUAUGUAGCGAGGUCACGCCGGAGCGGCUCCAGCCAGGCAGUUUUCUUGACAGUAACCGCCAAAAACGGCCGGCAGUUCUGAAGCCGCAGAGCAUCAAUCUACAUGAAAGUAAAAAAAAUCAAGCGAGACAGCCCGUUUGGCUUUGCAUGCAGCCAUCAACGAAUCGCGGAGGGAGACUAUCGCCCCCCGCUUGAUAGCGCGACGAUGGCACGCCAGCAAAGGCGGUGCCCUUCUACUGAGUGGCCUGCCGCCUCGGAUUCUGGCGAUUUGGGGCGCCCAAAAGAAAUGAGCCCAAAAUCAGAAGAGCGAAAUCGCAUGGCGCCGCCGCGAUGUCGGAGUAUUUUGGGUGGUCGCGAAGGCGGUCGCCUUUUCGCCUAUGCCUGAGCUUGGGAGGUUUUGGAUAAAGUGUGGGCGCGAAAGAUAAAACCCAAAACGAAAAAAAGAAAUAGCGCGGCGAACGCAUGAAGCCAAUCCUCACGCUAUGGGCCCGAUUUCCAGCCGCUUGCCGGGCGCCCCCCGCGACGCCCGGAUCGGUCCCUUACCAUCGGGGCUGGUUUCCGCGAAGAAAUUCAGAAAAAAUGAAAAUCCUAAUAUUUGCCACGAGUGUGCAGCGCCUUUCAUUCAUGCGGCGCAUCGUUAUACACGACAGUAUGGCGUGCCGAGAAAAAGCAAAAGUGCGGCGGGCCCGCGGCAAAGGCGGAGCCAAGGAAGCGGCAAAGACCUCACUACCCCCGCCCCGGCUGCUAUGUUUGCCAUCUCUCUUCUUUCCACUCCAUCGAUCAAAGAGGUUUGCGCUCGCCUGUUUUUUUUGUGCGUAGGGCGUGCGCGGGGUAAGACAGGAAAAAAUGGCUACUCCGAUUUUAGCAAUCUCAAAGGUGCUUCUGAUGGGGUAGCUACUUAACGCCACCAAGUGCCUCACUUAGAACUAAUGCAUUUGCUGUGCCCAACAUCACGGUGGCGCUUUGUUUACGUUUACAAACAAAAGAAACCCGCAUAGGUGAACUCCAACAUAAAAAAAUCUAAGCACGACACUGGAAAGCAUCAAGAGCACAAUUGACGUCGUCGCCAUGCCCAACAUGCAGAAGAAGCUAAAUUAAAUAGAUAACGUGAAGCGUCAGCUUUUUCCUGUGAUGGUCUCCUCAACAUCUUCAAUUUUCUUGUCACCUACUACACGGGGCCACUCGUGCUGCAGAUUCUCGGCAACGUACUAUGAUAUAAUUUUCUGUUUUUAGCUUCAACUUCAGAGAUGUGAUCGAAGUUCCCACUGUUUGGGUUGUUCGCUGAAAUGAAAUGGCAGAAGUCGAAAAGACUAAGUUUUUUUCUGAUAGCAGAGCUGCAGUUGUUUUUACCAAGUAGUUGUUUGUCUUUGUUGUAUGAGCAAGACCUACAAAUAAAAGAGUACGACAUGUAGAGGAGCACUCACCAGCCACCAAUCAGCCCAUCAACCUCCGCUGUCAUUGAAUCAGCUCUACUACACAGAAAAGUGUUGAUACCGGGGUGUGAGAACAGAGAUAAUUAUUUUUUUCAAGGUAAAAACUGUUUUCGCCAUCGCAGCAUCGAUUCUUGUUUUCGGAAACGAGGUGAAGAUGGAACAGUGGCUCGGAGCUGCGAUUUGUAUUUCCGGAGUGCUCCUGUGGCAGAGGAAGGGAAAGCAGAUAAACAAUAUGAGAGCUGACGGCCUGGAAACGUCCAAGAAGGCAAGCUAGCGAACAGGCGUGGGCUCAGAUGAAGACAAGCAGAAAAUCUUGUACUGCCACACGAACAAGUAGAGCAGCGUGGUCCCAUCCGACCACAUGACGCAUCAUGCAAGCGCAAUACAUGGUCCAGUUCCGCAGCUCAUCAAGGAAAGUGGGCACAAGCGCCAAGAACUACAUUGCUAGUGGAUUCCUGGCUAAAAAUUGCAUUUUCAGUGUUGGUGUUCCCUUCCCAGUUCCAUUAGUUAAUAAAAGAUGUUUAAGUUUUUUUUUGCAAGGGUGGUGCAUUUUUUGCCAUCUUCUUAUUCUGCUGUUCAUUGGUCUUCGUUAUCAUCGGAUACUAGCCGAAGAUUCCUGGCGUCGAAUA